UUGGGACGACGAGGAGCUACUGAGAUUAGAGUGUCUGACAAUGAUCCAAUGAUCAUUGGAUUUACCGAGAGAGCUCAAAAUGUUUCAGAAACUUAUGCCCAAGGUGUUGACCUGCUUCAGCUUCCUAUUCAUGUAGCCACUGUGAGAACCGCUCAAAGAGAACAUCCAAUGGUGUUCCGUGUGCAAGAUUUCAUGUGUACUGCCAUAGUGGAGCCACUGACAUCACAGGAGAAUCCAGACUUUGAUGCAACAUUUGGCAGCAGAGAUCCCACUGAUGGUAUCAUUCGUAGCAUAUAUAUCUUGCAAUAUAGGGUGUCUACUAUACCACCACUGGUAGCAUUCAUUAGAGAC